AUGUUGCUUCUUUAUGAUAAAUUCUAUUGCAUCGAUAGUUUUAAUCAGUUACCAUCUCAAAUCGAGCAAUAUAAAAAACAAAUUUAGUUAGUAGGUGUAAGGAUUCAAGGCUCUGUGACUGUUGCUUAGCUAUAAUUACAAUUAAAAUUUAUAGAAAUAUUUUUUUUCUUAAAUAAAAAUGUUACAGGAAGUGUUUGUAAAAAUACUUCAAAUGUAAUAAUGUUACGUGCAUUUAAUUAUAAAAGAGUGAAAACUCCAAAAUAAAGUAAUAGAAAAAGGAUUUUUAAAUUAGUUUAUCUUAUAUUAAAGGUGCAAAAUAUAAUUAUGAAGGUAUAAUACAAGGAAAAAGUAAUAAAUACAAAUUAUAAUAAAUAAUAGGUCGACUCCCAAAUUUAAAUUUAAGAUAAUUCGAUGUAGUAAAUGUUUAAUGUUCACUUCGUUUCUAACAGUUAAUCUCAAAAUUAAUAAAUAAUUUUAGAUAACACUUAUUCUGAAUAAAUUAAAUUUGCAAUGAAAUUUUUAGUUGUUUAUUUCUUUAUUUAGUUAGUUAGUUAGUGA